AUGUUCGCCAAAGCCAUCUUCUUCUUCGGCCUGCUCGUCGCUGCCGCCUACGCCAAGCCAGCGUUCCCUCUGGCAUAUUCGGCACCGCUCGUCGCUGCUCCCUCGGUGGCGGUUGCCAGUCCGUUUGCGGCCGCUUACACUACGGCUCCAGUUGCCGCGGCCUACACUGCCGCCUCGCCGUACGCUUACAGCCCCUACAGCGCCUACACUGCAGGCUAUCCCUAUGCCGCGUACGGUUCUCUGCUGGUCUGA